UGAUAUAAAGGCAGAAGAUACAGAGGGAGAAGAAGAGACGUAUGUGACUGAUAUAAAGGCAGAAGAUAUAGAGGGAGAAGAAGAGACGUAUGUGACUGAUAUAAAGGCAGAAGAUAUAGAGGGAGAAGAAGAGACGUAUGUGAGGGGUGAUCAGCAGUGUAAGGAGGAGGAGAUCCCUACAUAUAUCAGCACAGAUGGACACACCGGCAGGAAUAUCUCAGAAGGACAUCUAAUGUUAUCCCCGGAUUGUGACAUAAAAGAUAAUGACAGCAGACAGGAUUCUCCAGGAGAUAACCCCAUUACCCCAAUUAUACAUCCAGCUCUAUCAGCUGAUCCCUCUGAUCCUGGGAAAUGUUCUCCUGAUCACUCUGAUAUUGGUGCAUCUGUUACAGCUCUGAGAGUAGAUACAGUGUUUCCGUGUUCUAUAGAUGCCAAAUGUUUUACAAAGAACACAAAGCCUAUUAACCCACAGACAGGUAAGGCAGGUGAGAGGCCAUUUCUAUGUUCUGAGUGUGGGAAAUGUUUUACAUACAAAUCAGCUCUUGUUACACAUCAGAGAAGGCACACAGGUGAGAAGCCAUUUCCAUGUUCUAAGUGUGGGAAAUGUUUUACAUACAAAACGACUCUUGAUGCACAUAAGAGAAGUCACACAAGUACAUCACCAUUUCCAUGUUCUGAGUGUGGGAAAUAUUUUGCACAGAAAUCACAACGUGCUAGACAUCAGAGAAGUCACACAAGUGAGAGGCCAUUUCCAUGUCCUGAGUGUUGGAAAUGGUUUGCACAGAAAUCAGAUGUUGUUAAACAUCAGAUAAGUCACACAGGUGAGAGGCUAUUUCCAUGUUCUGAGUGUGGGAAAUGGUUUGCACGGAAAUCAGAUCUUGUUAAACAUCAGAGAAGUCACACAGGUGAGAAGCCAUUUUCUUGCUCUGAGUGCGCAAAAUGUUAUAGUCGGAAAGCACAACUUGUUAUACAUCAGAGAAGUCACACAGGUGAGAAGCCAUUUCCAUGUUCUGAGUGUGGGAAAUGGUUUGCACACAAAUCAGAUCUUGUUAGUCAUAACAGAAGUCACACAGUGGAGAAUCCAAUUUCUUGCUCUGAGUGUGGGAAAUGUUUUACAAAGAAAUCACAACUUGUUACACAUCAGCGAAGUCACACAGGUGAGAGGCCAUUUCAAUGUCCUGAGUGUGGGAAAGGGUUUGCACAGAAAUCAAAUCUUGUUAGACAUCAGAGAAGUCACACAGGUGAGAAGCCAUUUCCAUGUUCUGAAUGUGGGAAAUGUUUUGCACACAAAUCAGAUCUUGUUAGUCAUAACAGAAGUCACACAGUGGAGAAUCCAAUUUCUUGCUCUGAGUGUGGGAAAUGUUUUACACGGAAAUGCCGUCUUGUUAUACAUCAAAGAAGUCACACAGGUGAGAAGCCAUUUCCAUGUUCUGAGUGUGGGAAAUGUUUUGCACUCAAAUCAUCUCUUGUUAGACAUCACAGAAGUCACACAGGUGAGAAGCUAUUUUCUUGCACCGAGUGUGGGAAAUGUUUUACACAGAAAUCACAUCUUGUUAGACAUCAGCAAAGUCACACAUGUGAGAAUCCAUUUCCAUGCACUGAGUGUGGGAAAUGUUUUACACAGAAAUCACAACUUGUUACACAUCAGAGAAGUCACACAGGUGAGAAGCCAUUUUAAUCUUCUGGAGUAUACUUAUCAUUGCCAGGCGUUGUUCUUCAAGGUUCUUAUCCUAUCUCCUAUGCUUUUUGCAAUAUACAUGCUACCGCAGGGUGAAAUAAUCAGAUGUCAUGCCCUCAUCUGCCACUGCUAUACAGAUGACCUGUCUUUUACUCCGUGUACCGAGAACCCAGUACCAAUCCUAAAUGGUUGUCUAGCUGAGCUCCAGGUGUGGGUGAUGCCAGUUGGCUGUGACUCAGUCCUGGUGAAACAUGUCAUUAUGAUAGAAGUUCACCAACAAAGGGCAGGGCUACAGCUCAGCUUUGCAAACCAACCAGACUUAUGCUUGGGGGUUCAGAGUUACAAAAUGCUGAUCCUGUGCGGAAUCUAGGUGUCCAGGAUGGUGGAGUGACACUUAGACAUCAGGUAUCAGCCACAAUCAGAUCCUCUUAUGAGGAACAUAGCCACACUCCAGCAUUUAUUUCCCUCAGAAGAUCUACCUGAUGUCAUACAUGCACUUGUAUCCUCCCAUUUAGACUACUGCAAUGUCCUCUAUCUGGGUCUCCCAGCAAUAGAAUUGCACCGCUUCUAGCUUGUACAGAAUGCAGCAGCCAGGCUGUUACCUAACCAGCCCGUUCCUGCCACAUAACACCCAUUCUCUGCUCCCUUCACCGGCUGCCUGUAAGAUGGUGACUCUGGGCCUAAUUCAGGUUGGAUCGCAGUGUGAUCCAAAUGGAAUUAUUCAGAAAAAGUUGCGGAUGCAUGCGCAGUGCCAAUCCUGCGCAUGCGCCCGCAUAUUCUGCAGAAAAUGCGAUUGCCUGUCAGGCAGAGGCAGUCACCUGGGGUGAGCGGGCAAUGCUCCAUUUCCAGGGAGGAGGCGGUGUGGCGUGAAUGGAGGGCAGAGGCGGACAAGCGGGCAUCAUCACGGUGGCUUUGUGACAUCACAUGCAGCCGCCGUGAUUGAGAAGAAUGCGGCGGGCCUCCUGCGGUAGCAGUUAAGCUGCGGCAGCAGGAGGCUUCACUCAUUUCUACGAUGAAGCGGAAAUGGUGAGGCAAUCGCAAUUUCUAUUUCAUCAAGGGGGGAGGCGGCGGUCAGCAUGCUGGGUGGCCUUGCCCUGUGAUGGGGAGACAGGGUGGGUGGCAGUAGUGCAGUAGUGGGGGCUGCUGGAGGCAGUGUCUAAGUGGGUAAUAUUGUUCCCAAGCAGCGCUGAGGUGUCAGUGGGAAGAUAGGGCAGGUGGCAGUAGUGGGGUGAGACAGGGCAGGUGGCAGUAGUGGGGGGAGACAGGGCAGGCGGCAGUAGUGGGAGGAGACAGGGCAGAUGGCAGUAGUGAGGGAGACAGGGUGGGUGGCAGUAGUGGGGGAGACAGGGUGGGUGGCUGCAGUGCAGUACCAGGGGCUGCUGGAGGCAGUAAAGAGGUGUAUGUGUUCCACACAGAAUCAGUUGAUAAUUAGACUUAAUGAUGAUUAUGCUUCCUUAUUUCUAAUUAUUCCCUUGUAUGUGUUAUUGUUAUUUGCUGAGUCAGCCUUUAUGUGUGUUCUGUGUAAUAAUCCUGGUGCUACCGAUCUCAUAUCAUUUGAAUUAACUUGGAAAAGAUUAGAUAUUGUUAGGUGCGGCGGUGCUCGCCCGCUCUCUGACAGAGCAGCAGUCACGGCCACCGCGCCUCUCUUCCUGUCCGUCUCCGCACGGCGCCUAGGGACGCCGGGAGCGCGAUAGCCGCCGGCUCCCUGGCAACGCUAGGACGCCGUGCGUUCAGGGCCGCCGGGUCCAUAGCAACGGGGACGCCACAGGCGGACCGCGUUCCCCGUUGCACUAAUUAAAGCAUUUACCUGUUUUCCCCUGCUCGUGCAGCAAGGCAGCUGCACGACAUUUAUUAAUUAGGCUCUGUACUCCCAUUGGAGGCUUCCCUGUUAUAUGCCUCCUCAGUGCCUCACACUAACGCCGGUGAUAGCUUCCUGUAUGCUGUUUAUGUCUGGUGAACGUCUGUUCCUGGUCUGCUGUAUCCGGCCCAUCCUGCUCCCUGUGUCCUUGUAUCCAGGAGUUCUUUAGCCGGUCCUGGGAAUCCUUCUGAUCCUCGUGAACCUGUGGCUGUCGUUUGGGGUUCUCGCCCGGUUUCGUGUUGCGGCCUAGCCCGCUUUAGUAUUGCAUUAUUUUGUACUGGUGCAUUUGGGGAGGUUUCCGCUUCCACUGUUCUCCCCGGAACUCGGCGGUGCCGUGUGGGGGAGUGGACAGUGGUAUCUUUUUGGUUGUUUUUUUCCUUUGGCGGCAAGCCGCGCAUACAUUUAGUUUUAUGCUAGUCAGUAGCCCCUGGCUUUGGUUGUUUCAGUUAGAGGGCCCCUUGUUAUUACCCUGUCUCAGUUCACGCUUUGUCUCUCCUUAAGACCUGAGGGGGCAUCGGAGUUGGGCAGACCUAAUCCGCUCUUCAAACGCGGCUGCCAUGGGCCCAAGAAACCAUAGUCCUACAAGAGUGAAUUGACAACACAGGUAAAACAACGGAGGUAGGGUGCCAGGGGCUAUUCCCGUUCUAUAUCACCAAAUCCAGCAUUACGUCCUGGUGCUCCGGACUCACUUCAUAACAUCUUCCGUGUUCUGAGCGCCAGGGAUCGUAACAGAUAUGCACUCUGGAAGCAUAUAGGGGGGUCAAUCAAAGAUGAACACAUGUGACAUCACGCAGCCCCCCAUCCCCCCGGAAAAUGGUCCCGGCCCGUCCGCGUUCAGCCCUCAGGGAUGUGACCGGAAUGUGUGUGUCUGCGUGGCCGCUGCGCGUGUACAUUUUGCCACCACCGGGUAAACUGCUGCGGGCCACUAUUGCGGCUGGGUCUGAAUGACCCCCAUAGGCUGUUGUGCAGAGUAAAGUAUUUUUUAAGUUAAAAAUAUAGAUAAAAUAUGUGUAUUAAAGAUAUGAAAUAAAGUCGUUUAAAAGCAAAAAAUAGAUUUCUGGUGCAAUUUUGGCUAUGUUAGUUUUAUCAUUUGUUGUAUUCAAAUAAAUUUGUCUAUUCAAAA